UUUUAGUGUUAAACGUUUUCGUGAACUGACAAGAUGCGUGUAUUAGUGCUGUUCAUGUGCGCCUGGGCAUGCCAGGGGAGGGAGUUCGUGGAUAAAAUGGACCGUUACCUCAUCGCCUGCCACACCACCGACUUCACAUGCUUCAAACGCCAAUACACGGCGCUCAGAGACAACGUCAUUUUGGGCAAUGUGAAACUGGCCAUCGACAAUUUUGAGCCCUUCUCCGUACAAUACGGGUCGGACUGCGUCAGGAUUGAAGGAUGGACUGAGAGCGAACUUAUUGGGAUUGGAAUGGACGGCAGCAGCAAGGAGCUGACCCUGGCUUUGGAACUGCCCGUGUAUAUGAAACAAGUGAAGAACGUCACGAACUGCUCGAAGCCCGCGCUAGAAUUUACAAACAAUGAUCAGUACUCACACACUCUCAUGGAGUUUAAUGGUAAUGCGACGAUAUCGGUAACGUUCCCCUUCACUCUGCUCAAGAAGAAAGGCGACAUUUACCUCGUGUUAGACCAGGAACAAGUGGACGCUCUCGUGGACAUCCCUAGACCAUGGUCACUAACUUGUUCUUCUUUAGAUCCCGAGGCUGCAGAAUUGAACCAGGCUUCUGACUGGGCGUACGACAUCGUGCAACACGUCGAGGCCGCCAAGGACUUCGCUGUACCCUUCACCGGCAGACUCCGUACCGCAUUUCAAAGAAUACCUCUUAAAAGACUGAUGUUGCUGUACCCAGAAGAAGAUUAUUCAGAUCUGCAGUUCGCAUUCAUAGACCCAAUCGUUCUUCUUUAAAAAUAAGGUUUAAA